AUGAAAGGAGGAGGAGCCCUUGAAGUACUUAUUGUUGAUGCUGAAGACAUUAGGCACACUAAUGUUCUUGGUAAACCGGCCUACUAUGCUAUCUUAGAGUGUGGCACUCAUGUGUACAGGACCAAAAUAUCAUCAGAAGAAGAUGAAAAAGUAGCCUGGAAUGAGAAGUUCAUAUUUGAAUAUUCUGAUUGGAAACAUAUAAAUCAUCUCAAAGUCAGAAUUAUGGACACCGAGAUGUUCACAGAUGGAGGAUUUGUGGGCGAAACCAUGAUUCAUAUUGGUGGAAUUAUUACUGAGGGCAAGGACAGUGGAUUCAUUGAAGUAAAACCAUCUCCAUAUAAUGUUGUGCUUGAAGAUGACACUUAUAAAGGAGAGAUUAAGAUUGGAUUCAGAUUUGUUGCAAGUGGUCAAGGUUGUCUAAAGGGAAGUAAGAACCACCCUAAGGCACUAAAAUACAUGUCUGCUCCUCCUAACGGUAGACAGUUUAAACAGAGCAAGAGGCCCAAGAAAGCACGAUCGAGUGCUUUGGCUAAGAGUAAUUAA